AUGCGAACGCCGAGAACGACGAGGAGAAAAUUCCACACAUCAAUAUUUAACCAACCAGAACGGUAUGAAACGAGCACACUUUCAAAUUUGGUCAUUGGCCCAGAUACAACAGUUAUAUAUCAAGGAUUCACAGGCAAAGCUGCUACAGUCAAUGCACAAGAAAGUAUUGCAUAUGGCACGAAGGUAGUAGGGGGUGUCUCACCAGGGAAAGGUGGAAGGCAGCAUUUGGGCCUGCCUGUAUUUGACAGUGUUCGAGAAGCAAUGGAGAAAGUCAAACCUCACGCAAGUUCCGUUUUCGUACCCGCCAUCUUUGCAGCCAAUGCGAUCAUCGAAGCCAUCGAGGCCGAAGUCCCACUAGUUGUGUCAGUCGCCGAACACAUUCCUGUACAUGACAUGCUAAGAGUCCAGGAGGUUCUUCGUACGCAGACGAAGACCAGGCUGGUCGGUCCAAACUGCCCGGGAAUCAUAGCUCCUGAGCAAUGUCGUAUUGGAAUAAUGCCCUACAAACAGUAUAGAAAGGGAAUCGUGGGUAUCGUGUCAAAGAGUGGCACGCUGAGUUAUGAAGCUGUUGGAUCAACGACGCUGGCAGGGCUUGGGCAGAGCCUUGUAGUUGGCAUGGGUGGUGAUAUGCUUCCCGGAACAACUCUUGUUGAUGGUCUUAGAGUGUUUUUCGACCACGAAGAAACUGAGGGCAUUAUUGUGAUAGGGGAGAUUGGCGGCACAGCUGAAUUCGAAGCUGCAGAGGUCAUUGCGAAAUAUAUCAAAUCAACUCCAAAUCCGAAACCAAUCGUCGCAAUGGUUGCAGGACAGACCGCACCCAAGGGAAAGACAAUGGGCCAUGCUGGCGCAUUACUGGCACCGGGAGAGCAAGGAGCCGCUGCAAAGGUCAGGGCGUUCGAGGAAGCAGGUGCAGUAGUAGUUCCCCAUCCUGGGCUCAUGGGAACAGAGAUGAGCCGGCUUUUAAACAGACAAUCUUUUUAA